AUGCCAGAACUCCGCCUACGUCCCAAACCCUCCACCCCAGCCAACGGCAACGAAUCCUCCCAAUCUCGCGAGCACUCACCUUCGCCGUCCGACACAUCUACCUCCAGCUCUCCAAGCAGGAAUAAGCCCAAACCUCGAGCUGUCGACACGUCACGAAGAGGCAAACAUGCGACCGGCACAGAAGCCACCUCAGCAAUCUCACCAGAAGUAGGAAGAACGCCUCGCUCACCAUUCGGGGCAUGGACUGGCUCACCAAAGACUCCUAUCAUGCCUGCUUGGUCGCGACAGGCGGCGGUACAUAUGCAAUGGCUGCUCGCGCUGUGUGUCGUCCUUCUGCUCGGUUUCUUGGGUCUGGCAGUGGCGGACGUGUACGGAUGGAGAUUUCAUGUGCCUUUUCUAGGCUCGACGCGUGCCGGACUCGAGCCGAUCUGGCGCGGAGAAGAAGAGAAGAUGACGCAUCACAUACGGGUGACACCACUAGGGGCGCCGGCGUCCGCGUACUCGACUGCGCUGCCGUAUCCUUCAGAGGCUAUAGUUCAAGGGCCGGUGAUCUUCGAGAAAUUCGUGCCGGCAUUUCCUUGGGUCCCACUGGCCGUGUAUGACUCAGCUGCGUUCCAGGAUCCUGGCGAGGCUGGGGACCAAGUGUGGCUUCAGAUGCUACCAGAGGGCAAUGGACUGGUGAAGGUGUCUCAGCCGAGACGGUACGGGCUGCCGCUGAGCCAGCCUUGGAGAGCGAAGUAUGGGGGAAAGAAUUGGGGGACUUCUGAGGAUGGGUACGAUGAGGAAGCAGAAGUGUUUGAGGUGGCGGUCGUACGGGAGCUGGAGUGCUUGUUGAUGGUGAGGGCAAUUCUCAGUAAUGAGAUGGUGGCCGGGCCGGAGGUGUGGCGGUGUUUGGAUCAUUUGCGACAAGCCAUCCUCUGCCACGCAGAUACCACGCUCGAGCGAGUCGGGAAGAAGCAGGCAGAUAUGGGCAGCGCGAGGAAACAUAGUCCGGAUGGUAGUCCUGGGUCAGCGCCGGAAGAUGUGCCAAUGCCUGAUCUGGAUGCGAGUGUUGGAAGCGUAAGGCAAUGCAAGAAUUGGGAAAAGAUCAAGGAGUGGUUGGAGACGCAUCGUGCUGAUCAGGAGUGA